GCCUGUGGCGAACUGGGGGUGGCGAAACAACGCAGUUUGUAUCACGUGGUCGGCAAUGGGGUUCCUGGUAUAUUUAGGUUUUAUUUAGACAGUCGUUUGUUUUGAUUCGUCCCUGUCUCACGCGGAUUCGCUGGAUAAGCUGAAACCAUGAAGCUGUCUCUCAACUGUUGCACCUGGUUACUCCUCCUCUCGCUGUGUUUAAUCCUCAUCAGCUCCACUGAAGGGGGAAAGAAGGGCGGAGCUAAAAACGGAGCCUGCAAGUACAACAAGAAGGGCAAGGAGAGUGAGUGCAACACAAGCACCAACACCAAAGAGAUCACGUACACCCUCAAGAAGGGAGACGCUGAAUGUCAAGCCACUAUUGUCAAGAAAAAACCUUGCUCUAACUCAAAACCCAAAAAAGCCAAAGGGUCAGGCUGCAAGUAUGAGAAGCAAGGUGCCACCUGGACUGAGUGUGACCCUGUCACCAAGAAGAAGUCCAAGGAGAUGAAGCUCAAGGCUGGCUCAGGCUCUCAGUGCCCACCUACCCAGACCAAAACAAAAUCCUGCAAGCCAGCACGCAAAGCUGCAGGUCAAUAAAUAACCCACCAGAGUUUUGCUGAGAGAGAGAGAAAGAGAGAAAGCAGUCACAGAUAAAUGGAUGUGUACCCAGACCAUAUUUCAAUGUAUCUCUAUCUAACGUGGGGCCUGGUCUGACUGACCCACCCUACUUAACUGUUGUCUGAUUGAUGGUCAAGUCCACAUUUAGUUUCCACCCUAGCUGUCCUACCAGACCGCAGGACAUUUGUCCUGUAGAUGGCUGACAUAAUGAGAGGCUGUUGUGAUAGAGUUUAAUUAGAUCCAGAUACUUGUCAGUUCCUGUACUUUAAAUGUCAACUGUUUUUUUAUUUCUACUAAUAUUUGAUGCUUGUGUUUUUGUAUCUGCUAUUUAAACAAAACAAAACAAAAAUCAAAAUUUUCCUUCCUUCUACCUCUGUAAUCUCUGCCAGUGGCUUGCUACUUUUUAUUUUUUAUGUGCAUGCUGAAACAUUUUAAAUUUUUCUCAUUAAAGUGUGUUCAUAUUACC